UGGCGGGCAGUGCCUCGGUUGUCUCUGCGGCUCCUUAGGGCAGAACAGCUGUAUGUGGCACUCGUGACACCCUCUCACCCUUCGGGGGAGGUCUGGGGGCCUCUCAUCCGGCACCGGGCCCUGGCUGCAGAGACCUUCAGUGCCAUCCUGACCCUAGAAGGCUCCCAGCAGGGUAUAGGUGGCAUCACCCUUCUCACUCUCAGUGACACAGAGGACUCCUUGCAUUUUUUGCUACUCUUCCGUGGGCUGCUGGAAUCUAGGAGUGGGGGUAAGUGGAUGGGGCAAGAGCCCGGGACAGGGUUGGGAGAGCAUCUGGCUCUCAGAGGUGUCCACCGUGUGACCAUCGCAGGGCCAGCCCCGGUUCCCUUGCGGCUCCAGAUUCUGCACCAGGGGCAGCUGUUGCGAGAGCUCCAGGCCAAUGCCUCAGAUCAGGAGCAGGGCUUUGCUGAGGUGCUGCCCAAUCUGACAGCCCAGGAGAUGGACUGGCUGGUGCUGGGGGAGCUGCAGGUGGCCCUGGAGAGGGCAGGUGGGCCAGGGCCACGCAUCAGUGGACACAUUACUGCCAGGCAGAGCUGUGACGUCCUGCAAAGUGUCCUUUGUGGGGCCGAGGCCCUGAACCCAGUUCAGACGGGUGCAGCCGGCUCAGCCAGCCUUACACUGCUGGGAAAUGGCUCCCUGAUCUACCAGGUGCAAGUAGUAGGUACAGGCAGUGAGGUGGUGGCCAUAACGCUGGAGACGAAACCCCAGAGGAGGAACCAGCGUUCUGUUCUGUGCCACAUGGCUGGACUCCAGCCUGGAGGACACACGGCUGUGGGAGUCUGCCCUGGGCUGGGUGCCCGGGGGGCUCAUAUGUUGCUGCAGAAUGAGCUGUUUCUCAAUGUGGGCACCAAGGACUUACCAGACGGAGAGCUGCGGGGGCACGUGGCUGCCCUGCCCUACAGUGGGCACAGUGCCCGCCAUGAUGUUCUACCUGUGCCCCUGGCAGGAGCCCUGGUGUUACCCCCUGUGCAGAGCCAGGCAGCAGGUCAUGCCUGGCUCUCCUUGGAUACCCACUGUCACCUGCACUAUGAAGUGCUGCUGGCUGGGCUUGGUGGCUCAGAACAGGGCACUGUCACUGCCCACCUCCUUGGGCCUCCUGGGAUGCCAGGGCCCCGGCGGCUACUGAAGGGAUUCUAUGGCUCAGAGGCCCAGGGUGUGGUGAAGGACCUGGAACCUGAGCUGCUACGGCACCUGGCACAGGGCACUGCCUCCCUUGUGAUUGCCACCAAGGGGAGUCCCCAAGGGGAGCUGCGAGGGCAGGUGCACAUUGCCAACCAAUGCCAGGUGGGCGGUCUACGCCUGCCAGCAGCAGGGGCCGAGGGGGCGCCGGGGGCACGCAAUGGGGUGGCAGUCCCCGUGCCUGCACUGCCUGCUGUGUUAGGCCCAGACAGCCCUGUGCCCGCCAAACCCAGCGGUCCUGGGCGGCCCCGAGACCCCAACACCUGCUUCUUCGAGGGGCAGCAGCGCCCCCAUGGGGCUCAUUGGGCACCUAACUACGACCCACUGUGCUCCAUGUGCACCUGCCAGAGACGCACAGUGAUCUGUGACCCUGUGGUGUGUCCUCCGACCAGCUGCCCAAGCCCUGUGCAGGUUCCGGACCAGUGCUGCCCUGUGUGCCCAGAGAAACAAGACGUCAGAGACCUGCUGGGGCUGCCAAGAAGCAGAGACCCUGGAGAGGGCUGCUAUUUUGAUGGUGACCGGAGCUGGCGGGCAGCGGGUACCCGGUGGCACCCCGUCGUGCCCCCAUUUGGCUUGAUUAAGUGUGCUGUCUGCACCUGCAAGGGGGGCACGGGAGAGGUGCACUGUGAGAAGGUACAGUGUCCCCGGCUGGCCUGUGCCCAGCCUGUCCGCGCCAACCCCACUGACUGCUGCAAACAGUGUCCAGUGGGGUCAGGGGCCCGACCUCAGCUGGGGGAUCCCAUGCAGGCUGAUGGGCCCAGGGGCUGCCGUUUUGCGGGUCAGUGGUUUCCAGAGAGCCAGAGCUGGCAUCCAUCGGUGCCCCCCUUUGGGGAGAUGAGCUGCAUCACCUGCAGAUGUGGGGCAGGGGUGCCCCACUGUGAGCGGGAUGACUGUUCUCUGCCUCUGUCCUGCGCCCCAGGGAAGGAGAAUCGCUGCUGCCCUCACUGUACACCUCGGCGACCGGCCUCAGUGACCAGGACAGUUCCAGAGUUGGAGAAAGGAGCUGGAGCCUCCUAGGGACCAGCCUGAGGGCCACAUGACCAAGAGGAUCGGAUCUGGGCUGGGGGAAGGAGCGGCACCGAGCACCUGCAGUUUCCUGUGGGAAGUCCUUUCGCUCCUCUUCUCUCUCCCCCACUACCUCUGGGAACCACAACUCCACAGGGGGAGGGCAGCCAGGGCAGACCGAGGCCAUGUCCACUCCAGCUCCUGCCCUGUCACCCUCUGGCCUCUGCCUUGGGAGACCAGCUUCUCCCCUUUUGUACAUAAUGUCACUGGCUUGUUGGGAUUUUUAAUUUAUCUUCACUCAGCACCAAGGGUUCCCCCGACUCCACUCCUGCUGCCCCUGAGCUGAGCAGAGUCAUUAUUGGAGAUUUUUGUAUUUAUUAAAACAUUU